AUGUAUUCUAAAAGAGUUGAAAAUUCAUUUCAGUUUAAUAAAGACCUUUUAAAUAACAAUAUAAUCAAGUAUAGUUGUAAUUGUGGUAAGGCAUAUCACGUAUCAGAAUUAUAUUAUUGCAGUGGUUGCUUAAAAACAAAUUGCAAAUUUUGUAUCACAGAAGAAAUUGAUUGUUUUUAUUGUCCAAAUUGUUUAGAACAUGUUUCAUCCGUAGAAGCAAAUUUAAAUGGUAAUAGAUGUAAAAAAUGUUUUGAUUGUCCAAUUUGUUUUAAUAUUUUAACAUAUUCAGCAAGUACCAAUGCAACGACUGGUAAUGAAACUUUUUUUUUAAAUUGUGCAUUUUGUAAAUGGAAUUCAAUAAAUUCGGGUGAAAAAGAGUUUAGAUUCGAUUCACAUAGUAUAAAGAAUAGUAAAGAAUCCUCUGAAUCACAAUUACAAUUCAAUAAAGUAUUGGAAGUUGUUAAUAAGGAAUCAAUAGAGUUAACAUCAUUAAAAGAUAAGAAAACAUUAACAAGAAUUAAAAUAGCACAAGCAAUGAAACAAUUCCUUGGUCAACAAUCAAAACAUCAAAAAUAUAAUCAAAGAAAAAACUUUUUAAAACCUGAUGAAAAUCAACGUUGGAUUCAAUCAAGUACACCACACCCAUUACCUGACAAUAAAUUAAUACCAACUUCACCAUUAGCAUCAACAACAACAUCAUCAUCAUCAUCAACAUUAUUAUUAACAAAUCAAAUGAUAAAGAAAUCAAUACAAUCACAACCAAUUACAACACAAGAUAUUGAAGAUAUGCAACAAAAGAGAAUUGACUCAAGGGUAUUUAAAAAAACAAAUGAUGAUGGUGAUGGUGGUGGUGAUGGUGAUGAUGAAUUAUAUGAUGAUGAUAUUGAUUUAGAAGAAAUUAAUAAAAUUAAAGAUUGUGAUGAAAUUAGUAAUUUAAUGCAAAGAUAUCAUCAAGUUUCAAAUCAAUGUAAAGAAUUGAAAGGAUUGAUACCACAACAUAGACAAUUGUUAACUCGUAGAUCAAAGAGAUGUAAGAGAUGUGAUAGAUUAUUGGUGAAACCAGAUAUAAAUCCAGGAAAGAUAGAAUUUAAGAGAUCUCAUUUCGCAUACUCUUAUAUUCCACGUGUUACAAUCUCAAAGAUUCAAUGGAUUGAUCAAGAUCUAUUUCAAGUGUUUCUAACAUUCACCAAUCCAUUACACUCUUAUAUCUUUAUGUCUUUUCCAAUGGAAAUUAAAGGUUCAAUGGUAUCAUUGGAAGACAAUUCUCAAUUGGUUGAUCUUUACACUAAUGAAACCUUUAUCAGUGGUCUAUUGGAUGAAAUUGAUGAUAAUGAAAAAGAAGCAAUAAUCGAUCAAUUAAAAACUUUUGAAGAACAAAAUAAAAGAUAUUUCACAAAUGGAAGUACUAGUAAUAAUUAUAGAAAUGGUAAUAAACUCACUUUAGGUUUCAUUGGUAAAGUUGGUGUUGAAGAUGCUUUAUUCUCAAAUUAUAAUAACAAUACAGAUGAAGUAACUCAUUUAAUCAUUCAUUUACCUGAUCAAUUAUCUUUAAAUAGUAUUAAUAAUAAUGAAGUUGAUCCACCUAAAUUUAAAUCAAAAUUCUCUUCAAUUAAGUUUACUAUUGUAGUUGAAUUUUCUUUAAAAUCUACCACUACCAAUAAUACAAGUGGUCCAAACGCAGCAGAAGCAGCAGCAACAACAACUUCAUCAGGAGGAUUGGGAUCUAGUGGUACAAUUCCUGAAUCAAGUUCAUCCCAAAAAACACUAUUAAAAAUAUUAUUUGAUAUACCAUCAGAUAAAUUUUCAAAUGCCGAACUUUAA